AGAUGAUGCAGGAGCUCUUCCGCUUGCAAGAUCUCAACCAGAAUGGUAUGUUGGAGGAGGCAAUUGAAGCCAUUUGACAGGGAGCCAGCAACCUUCCUGUUUCUUGGGAGCUUGGAUAUCCCUGGGGCAUUUGAUAGAUGUGGAUAGGUCGUGCAGGGUACUCGGUAAAAUUGGAUGGGAUUUGCAGUGAUUGAAAGAAGGGAUGUGUGGAAAGCUCCUUUUGUACUGUAUAGAGUGUGUGUGCGCUGAAAUUGCGCCGAAACUCCCCCAUGCGCACCAUGAGUGUUAACAACAUGUUAAACCCCUUGGCACUUGUACAACGCUGACGGGUGGAUGGGACCCCAGAUACUGCAGACUAAAGGGACUUGAUUCCACCAGUCAUUCAAGCGCCUGGUGUCCUUUGGGCUCAAAUGACAGCCCCAGAGCCAUUUUGGCCGUGGGCGACAACGAAGCAGACCGCCCGGCCCCGCUGCGGGGGGCCAGGCGUCGGACGCAUGCAGUGCUGCGGAUGGUGGGCGCUGGCGCUGGGGACUGUGGCAGCCUUGGAUGUUCGCUCCCAGCAACCUUUGUCAGGAGAUCGCUUCGCUGGCUGCAUGUUUGAGAUCGUCAUGCUAGAGAAGCAACUGAUGGGAAGCAGUUUCAAUCCCAAGUCUUUUUGGUCAAUGAAUGCUGUCCUCAACAAGGCCUACGCGGACCGCCACGGCUAUGCCUUCACCUUGGCACGGCCAGAGGCGGAGCCCAAGAGUUGGUCGCAGCGGCCAGCGGAGAGCUGGUACCGAGUGCCCUGGGUCCUGGAACGGCUGCAAGCUGCACAGGCCAGGAAGGAGACCUGUGGAUGGCUGCUCUACAUGGACUCAAGCGCCUUUAUUCAAGAUCAUCAAGUUCCACUUUCCAAGUUUUUGGAUCAGAUCUUUAAAGAUCGGCCUUUGAACUUGCGCACAGGUGGCAUCUUCCAGUGGGAUGUGCGGAAGUCCGGCCUUGUCAGUGACAAGGUCUUCUUUAUCCAAGUGAAUGGCCAUGGUGAAGAUCUACUCAAGGCCUGGAGGCUCUCCAGCAGUGUGGAUGAAGCCAUGCGCUUCGAGGCGGCAGAGCAGGGGACCUUGACAGAGCUGCUCUUUCCUGGGAAGGUGGUGACACGGAGCCAGAAGGCCUUAAAGCUCUUUGAGGUCUCGCAUGCCAAGACGGUGGGAGAAGUGAAUCGGCUCCGCGGCAGCGUCACUGUGCUGGAGCCGGAUGCCGGGCAGUGCUGGGGCAACUUGAUCCAAGAGACCUCGUUGGUCUCCCCGGGCAUCAAGCGCAAGCGUUCCGAGGAGCAGCUGAAGCGAUUAGGCCUCACCGGUGCCCGCUUCAAAGAGCGCUUGAGCGCCCUCAACGGUGCCGUGCAACGCUGGCGGGUGCCGCGCUGGCGCCCCGAAGCGGAGCCGCACCGGGGACAGGUCUUGAUGGCUCAGAAGGUGGAGGUGAAGGCGACCACUGCAGCUCCCAGGAUCUCACUGCCCGUUCUGCAGCUGCCAGAGGUGAAAGAAGAGAACUUGGAGGUGGAAGAGAAGGAGAUUCAAGAAGAGUUGGGUGAAGUAAUUUGAGGAGCCAGUCACACAUGGCUCUUCUUUUGUACAAAGAUCUGCCCAUGAUGCGCCAAGGGUGCAAAAACGGUGUGCCUGACUUUAUGCUUCCAUUGAGUCUAUUC